AUCACAUCUCUCCCAACAAAUCAAAAUAAAAAUGAUAACAAAAAUCUAGAAGAUAUAGAGUUUGUACUUGUUGAAACUGGUAUUGAAUUAGAUGCUAACGAUAAAAAAGAAGAAUUCAGAUAUGAUCUUAAAAAUAAUAAAAGAAAAAAUUAUGCCAAAGACAUUUCAUUAGUUAACAAAAGAUUUGGUAUAAUGGCAUCUUUAGAAAAUAUCAAAAAUAUUCUAAAUUAUAAAGCUAAUCACGAAGAAAAAGAUGAAUUAUUUGAAGAUGAAUUUGAAAAAAGUUUAGCAGAAGUAGAUAUUAUCAAUAUAAGUUCGAACAACCCUCUAAUAAAUAAAGAAUUCUUUGAUAUAUUAAAGAAAACAGCACAAUCCCAACCUCCAUCUCAUAUUAAGGUUGAUAGACUUAAAAAGUAG